CCAUGAAGCAUUAAAGUCCUUCAACUUAAAGCGUUUUCUCCACCAGACCUUUGCAGCGUUUAGUCUUCUGCAGGUCCCGGUCCAACUUAGUCCUAGUCCUGGUCCUGCUCCGUGGCCAUUAAUGAAGCAUUAAUCCUCCCCCGUGGAUGCCAUUGUUGUCUUUUUCAAUGCAAACGCCUGCGAGGAGUUCCUAUUAAACUGAUGUGUCCUCCCGUCUGUCCUGCGGGGACUUGGAGACUCUGAAAGAAGUUGGAAGGAGCGAGUCUGGCAUCUUUGGGCUGCAAAAUGUCCCGUUCCGGACCCGUGGACGCGGUCAUGUCCUGCGCUCGCAGCGGCCCCUCCGCGGCCCCCAAGACCCUCGCCUUCUCCAUAGACCGGAUCAUGUCCAAGGGCUCGGAAGGCGCGGAGGAGAAGAAACUGCUCGGGUUCUGCUCUCCGAUUCCCUGCAUGAUCCCGCUGCAGCCUUUCGGCUACGACUUCCAGGCCAAGGCCCUGAUGAACUAUUCGGAACUGUGGCGGUCCAGUUUCAGGGGCGGCGCGGCGUGCAAGAGCAGCUGCUGCGUGUGCGCAAAAGCGCACGACUCCGGAGCCAAGCAGCCGCUUUUGGCGCCUGGAAGCCGGCUGGUCAAACCGCAGGUCAUCCAUCAGAGCCUGGCGGUACCGAGCGGCUCUUUCUACUAUCUCAACUACCUGGACCCGGCCUACGCCCAGUCGGACCUGCUGGGGGGACACUGGUUGUCCAGCCCGCACGCCCAGGCCUCCAUCUCGGCCCAGCACAGACUUUUAGUCCUGGACGGGACCAAGGUGCCCGCGGGUGGCCUGCAUGGGGCGGACAAGGCGCCCACAGCCCAGUACCCCCACAAGGAGCAUCUCCCCGGGAAACUGGACCACAUCGUCAAGGAGAACCAGGCCGACAAGAACUGUUUCAAGAACCCCAACAAAGUUUGCAACAACGGCGGUGCCGGAGACGCAAAACCCAAAAACUUCACUUGCGAAGUCUGCGGAAAGGUUUUUAACGCUCACUACAAUCUGACCAGACACAUGCCGGUACACACCGGAGCGCGGCCGUUCGUGUGUAAAGUGUGCGGGAAAGGAUUCCGACAGGCCAGCACUUUGUGUAGACACAAAAUCAUCCACACACAGGAGAAACCUCAUAAAUGCAACCAGUGUGGGAAAGCGUUCAACAGAAGUUCGACUCUCAACACGCACGUGCGAAUCCACGCAGGAUACAAACCUUUCGUCUGCGAGUUCUGUGGGAAAGGAUUUCAUCAGAAAGGUAACUACAAGAACCACAAGUUGACGCACAGCGGAGAGAAGCAGUACAAAUGUUCUAUCUGCAACAAAGCGUUCCACCAGAUCUACAACCUGACGUUCCACAUGCACACGCACAACGACAAGAAGCCCUUCACCUGUCUCACCUGUGGAAAAGGCUUCUGUCGCAACUUCGACCUAAAGAAGCACGUCCGUAAACUCCAUGACAACAUCUUGUCUUCUUCCAGCAGACAAGAAACAUUAUAAAAACAUUAUUAUUAUUAUUAUUAUUAUUAUUAUUAUUAUUAUUAUUAUUAGUACAGUAUCUCACACUCACCCUUUGCUGCCUGCUAUUCGUGUACGUCAAAUAUUUAAGAUGUCAAUAACGUCUUCAUAACUUAUCACCAUAACUAUGAAUGUUGGUUGAUUCCGAAAUAAAACUUGUU